AUGCCUCCAAAAGGAUCCAGGAGCAAGGCUUCGGCUUCGGCUUCGGCUUCGGCUUCGGCCUCGUCGUCCGCUUCUGCUACCGCUAAGCCAGUGAAGCGUGGCCCUCCUGCUCCCAUCCGCUACUACCUCGUCUUCUUCAACUUCCUCUCCUUCUUCGGCUGGGUCAUCAUCCUCUCGACACUCAUCAAGCACCUCGCUCUUGGCCCACAACCUUACUCGGGUCCUGUAAAGUUUGCCGCUGAUGUGCUCUCCCGCUUCCGUCUUGUCAAGAUCGGCGUUGUCAAGUCCUACUCGCACCUCUUCCCUGAACGUAUCGCCAACAUCCUCGAGCGUGCUUCCAAUUCGCACACCUUUGUUGGCUCUGUCGUUGCUCUCGUUCAGUCUCUCGCCAUUCUCGAGGUCGUUCACGCUGCCAUUGGCUGGGUAAGGAGCCCUGUUGCUACUACCGCGAUUCAGGUCGCUUCGCGUCUCUUCAUGGUUUGGGGUGUCACAGAGCGAUACUCGCAGGCUUGGUCUAGCCCCUUCUACGCAUCGAUGGUGCUUGCUUGGGCCAUCACCGAGUGCAUUCGCUACCCUUUCUACGCCAACCAGCUUCUCGGACAGGAAGGCCCUGGUCUCCUCUGGGCUCGUUACACCACCUUCUACAUCCUCUACCCCGUUGGUGCCAUCUCUGAGGCCAUGUGUAUCCUCGCCACGCUUCCCAACAGCCUGCCCUUCAACAAGCCUGCUGCCUGGGAUCUUCGUGCUUACGUCUUUGCUGGUCUUUUCGCUAUCUGGUGGCCCGGUCUCUACGUCAUGUACUCUUACAUGAUGAAGCAGCGUCGCAAGACCAUCGGCAAGGGCUUCUGGGGCGACAAGCUUGUUCAGCAGCUUGCUGAGAAGAAGCGUCAGUGA